AAAAAAAACUAGACCUUGACUGGUAUUCACCUCGAUUUUUUCUGCCAGUGGCGUCACAAAACAAAUUCCUAAUUCUUAACUACCCAUUUCUCUUUCUCUAAACCAAUGGCAUAUAAAUUUUCGUUCUUUUCAGUGCUGGUUGAUGAACUAAUGGCCGCAUUGCGUCGGGCGUUUCUAGUAGAAUUAGUACUGGUAGCGCACCAAAAGGAUCUGAAUAUUAAUAGAACUAUUUCUUACGCAGCUGCCUGGCAACCAGGCAAAACAUUUGGAUCAUCUGAAGCGAGGGGGAGAGAGGUUAGCUUCACAGAUAUGAGGAAGCAGUCUCUCCCCCUGCACUCGGAUGCACCCAGCAUUAGAGAGGCCAGCAGAGUGGUAGGGAAGGUUUGCAGACACAGAGCUUGAGUCGUGUAAUGGUGAAGGAAUAUUCUGAGCUGCUACCAGACUGAAGCUAAGUCUACCAGAAGAGGAGGACAUCUGCAGCCAAGGGAAUCCUGCAGGUGUGUCGGUUUUUUUUUUUUUUUUUUUGAGUCGUGUAAAAGAGCAUGCUGUUCCUGUAGGUGCAAUGCCUUCGUUUCACAAUGAGCUGACCAGUAUCGGGCUGAUACUCAUGUUCGUCGCGGUCCUGCCGUUGCUGUUCUUGUCCGGCCAGACGGAUUGGGCUGAGCUGUCUAUCUGGACCGCCAUGAUGUACAUGCUGCUGUGUGUGUUCUUAGUGGGAGCCCUGCUGCUUUUCCUUGGAUUUUACCUGACAGUUAAAUCGAACCACAGCAACACUUCCAGCCCUUCUCUCUUCUUCCUCCGAAGCCGCUUGCAGGAGCCCCAGAGGACUAUCAUACAGAGACGACUAGAAGACAUGAGGAGGACUGGAAUCCAGAGAGAGUCGGUCUCUCGCCCCUGUGUGUCUCCUAGAUACACCGCACACACCCUGGCUAUGCACCAGGACCUACCCCCAUCCUAUGAGACAGUGAUGAAGACCAUGACAGGACCCUCUGCCCUCCAGCAGAGCAUUGCAAACACUGCCUGACACAGAGAGAGAGACAGGGAUUGACAAGACCGAGACCCAGGCAUUGACAAGACCGAGACCCAGGCAUUGACAAGACCGAGACCCAGGCAUUGACAAGACCGAGACCCAGGCAUUGACAAGACCGAGACCCAGGCAUUGACAAGACCGAGACCCAGGCAUUGACAAGACAGAGACCCAGGCAUUGACAAUACAAAAACCCAGGGAUUGACAACACAGAGACCCAGGCAUUGACAAGACAGAGACCCAGGCAUGGACACAGAAUGAGGGACCUGUAAGAACUGAGGACUGGAACAUGUCCUGGUUACCCUGCAGGUUCACAGUUCAAGUCCAGUAAUGUGUGAAUGAACAAGAAGGGGCUGGAGUUGAGUAGUGACUAUAUAGACACGUCUGCCUUGUAGCAUGUUGGGUUCUAUCACUGCCAGAUACAUACAGCAGCUCCUGAAAUUGUCGUCCAUUGGGGACCUCUGCCUCAGACUUGCACUUUUAACACAAUCUGUCAGCCAGGAGACCCAGUACUAAUCCUCAGUCAUACUGCCCGUAUCACGUGCCUUCCCAGCAGUGCCUUGCAUCAGGUUUGCAGCGAAGAGAAUCUUGUGCAAACAGCUUUAAAAAAAGAUUGUGCUAACAAAAGAAGUGCCGACAUGGUUAGAGUUAGGGAGAGUUACUGACCAGCACCUAAACUGUAAAGUUUCUAAUGAUUCUGAUGUGACCGGUCUAUACCUCUCCCUCGCGGCUCUAGACAGGCUGUCAGCUCUGUUGCUGCAGUGACAGUGUGUUCCGUAGCAGACCUCAUUGCUUUGUAUACAGAAGACAGAUCACAAAAACAUCUGCCUGAAAGUAACCAUGUAUGGAAGUGCUCCCGGCAGCCCAGGGUCAUCUAUUCCACCCUGGAUUGUUUUCCUGCAGAGGAGAGCUGUUGUUGUUCUCACUCUCCUGCUGUUGCUGCCUUUUGAUAUUGCACAGCCCUGCCAAACCCUCCUCGACAAGCCAUUCCCAUGUUAAAGAACUCUGCAGGUGUUUCCUGUAAAUUGUUAUUUGUAGAACAGAAACUGGUGCAUGUCCUGGGGGAUGUGUGCUGUACACAGUGGAAUCCUUGGCACAUGCACUGUAUGUUAUGCAUGUUACAGUCGUAGCAAUCCUACAGAACGUAUGCAUGAGUCCUGACUGGUGUGUGGCGAAGCUAGCCUCUGCAUGGGUAUUCGUCACGAAUGUUCACGGAGCACUGUAGUUAUUCAUUGAAUGAGGAUGGCUGAGUAAUCCGCCCAUUGUCAAGAGAGGGUAACCACAGCUCAUGGAGUAUUCUGUUACAGUGUAUGGAAAACAAUCACUGGUGUAAUCAUAAAUCUGAAGCUACCACUAAAAUAUCGAUUUUCUUAAACUAGAAUUACUUUACUAAUUCACACUUUAUUUGUGUACUGAACUUUUAGUAACGCGUAUAAUAGGUAAUGCAUUCAUCUAAUUUGUGCAAGUAUUUCCACAAAGUGUUUUUCUCUAUCUUGUCAGAAUGCUUUACUUUAGGUGUCUGUGUAGAGGCUUCGUUUGUGUCCACAGUCGUAGUUGAUGCACUGUCGUCUUCAUUUGCUGUCGCCUUAUUUAUUUAACCCAUUAAGUGCCAUUGUCCUCAUUUGAGCAUUUUUAACUGGCAUCUACUUGUCUUUAACUAUAUUGUUAUGAUAACUUACUCUAUUUGUGUUAACUUGAAAAGUUAAGUCUAAAUGUAAAUGUUAAUUCUGCAAAUACAGCUCUUCAGUCGCUUGUAUACCACCUUAAUACAAAACAAGAAAUUGAAGCAUAAAAAUGAUACAUUUCUUUGUGUUUCCCUCCGCACAGUGAUGAUAAAGCUCACUUUUCUUUGUGUCAAGUUUCAUAGCCGGCAUGAGAUUUCACUGCUCUGAUUACGGGCACGCAGCAGUUUGUAGCUAAAACAAAGCAUUUACAUUUUUUUUCUGUGAAGAAAUACUGAUUUUGAAUAUCAAAUUACAGAAAUACAGCUUGUGUUCUGAAAAAUGGAUUUGGUACUUAAUGGAUUAAGAUCCAUGACCCUGCAAAUAAUGUUGUUCAUUUGGGACAAUUUACUAUAUAUAUAU